UUUGAAGGUUUCAACAAAACUGAGAUCUACAUGGCACUGCGAGAAAAAUUUAGGGGAGGUAGAAAAAUAGAAAAAAAGAUAAAGAAACAUUCAAGCCAAAAAUUUGCCAACCCAUCUCUAUCUAUCCCAUCAUUCGCUUCCUUCCUCAAUUUCCUUUUGUUGCUUCUCCUUGGAAUCCAAAGCUUUAAUCUUACCUCCUCCUCAGUUGGACAUCUCUGUCUGUUCUCAUUUUCUGUUUUUUUUCUUUUUCAACUUUUGCUGCCAAUAAAUUAUUGGCUUUCCUUUAUUGACCCACUUCAUCUUUCUUCUUCUUCUAUCUAUAAAGUUGAGUUCUUGAUUAAUCUCUCUGGAUUUCCCAAAUCUCUCUCGUUCUUCUCCAAUUUUUGACAAUUUCAAUCUGGGUUCUUUGGAGAUUUGGUGCAUCGUUUGGAGCAGAAGAGGCAGAGGAGAUGAUGAUGAUGACAAUGGAGGGGAUGAUGGAUAAGGGUGUAUUGGAUGAUAUAAUAAGGAGGCUAUUGGAAGGCAAAGGAGGAAAACAAGUGCAGCUAUCAGAGGCAGAGAUCCGUCAACUUUGCGUCAACGCCCGCCAAAUCUUCCUUUCUCAGCCUAAUCUUCUUGAGGUGCGAGCUCCGGUUCGCAUAUGUGGUGAUAUACAUGGACAAUACCAAGACCUGCUAAGGCUAUUUGAAUAUGGUGGUUACCCUCCUUCUGCAACCUACCUGUUUCUUGGAGAUUAUGUGGAUCGAGGCAAGCAAAGUUUGGAGACAAUAUGUUUGCUUCUGGCCUAUAAAAUAAGAUAUCCUGACAAAAUCUUUCUUUUGAGAGGAAACCAUGAAGAUGCAAAGAUUAAUCGAAUAUACGGGUUCUAUGAUGAGUGUAAAAGGAGGUUUAAUGUUAGGCUUUGGAAAAUAUUUACUGAGUGCUUUAAUUGUUUGCCUGUCGCUGCACUUAUUGAUGAGAAGAUACUUUGUAUGCAUGGGGGGCUGUCACCAGAGUUGGAAAAUUUGGAUCAAAUAAAGGAACUUCAAAGGCCAACUGACAUUCCAGAUAAUGGUCUUUUAUGCGAUCUGCUUUGGUCUGAUCCUGAUGCUAGGAUUGAGGGCUGGGCAGAGAGUGAUCGAGGUGUUUCCUGCACUUUUGGAGCUGAUAAAGUUAUUGAGUUUUUAGAUAAGAAUGAACUUGAUCUCAUUUGCCGGGGUCAUCAGGUGGUGGAGGACGGCUAUGAGUUUUUUGCAAAACGAAGAUUAGUCACUAUAUUUUCAGCUCCAAACUAUGGCGGGGAGUUCGAUAACGCUGGUGCUCUAUUGAGUGUUGACGAAGGUCUAGUGUGUUCCUUUGAGAUAUUAAAACCAGUGGAUAAUAAAGCAUCCCCAAGUGGUUCUAAUUCAUCCAAGUUAAAUCUUAAAAAGCUUCCUAAAACUGGAAAGAACUGAUUAUUUGGAGAUUUCUCACAGCUCAAUUAGGAGAUACAACAAGCCCGACUGAUGCUAGCGAGUUUGGAUUCUAUUAAUAGAUGAGCUUGGCAAGAGAGAAGCAGCGCCUUCUUAAACCCAAAGUUGAAGGCUUGAUCAUAUUGAAAGUUUCCGAUAAUUUUAUUGCAUGAAAGUUCUUAUGAAAUUUGUAAAUCAUAACUGCAUAUGUUAUUGCUUGUGCAGGGAAGAGGAUUUUUUUGGGGGUUUAGACUCCUUUUGGUCAAAAUUUGCUCAUUAGAGCAAAAUUUGAGGGUAGAGAUUUAGAAUGGCUUGCGUUGGUUUUUGUUGAGCAUGUGUAUAUUAAGCUUCAUUAUAGCAUUUCAGAAUGUACUUUCACUGGUUUCCUGAUA